AUGGCUCACCAUCAGAACCCGAAUCAAGAUAGAGAGAUCCCAUUGGAAGCUGCCCAAGAGGGAAAUGGACUGCUCCACACCAUUGAGAACAACAAGUAUCAUGGUCUUGCUACUGAAGAUCCUUUUGACCACUUGGACAAGUUUGAUAGCUACUGUGGUUUGUCCAAGACCAAUGGAGUGUCAGAAGAUGCUUUGAAGCUCAGGCUCUUUCCUUUCUCUCUAGGAGACAAGGCAAGACAGUGGGAGAAGUCUCUCCCAAGCGACUCUAUCACUACUUGGGAUGAGUGCAAGGAAGUCUUUCUAGACAAGUUCUUCUCCAUCUCCAGGACAGCUAAGAUCAGGAAUGAGAUCUCUGGGUUUCAGCAGAGGAACUUAGAAAGUUUCAGUGAAGCAUGGGAGAGGUUCAAAGGCUACCAAGCUCAUUGCCCACACCAUGGCUUCUCCAAAGAAAGCUUGUUGAGUACCUUCUACAGGGGAGCUAUACCACAGUGCAGAAACAGACUUGAUACAGCCAGCAAUGGAUUCUUCUUGGGCAGAAACGAGGUGGAUGCAGAGGAGCUGAUAGAGAACAUGGCCAAGAGUGACUCAGUAUACAGUGAGGAUCAUGAUAGAGUCAACAGAAGUGAUGAUCAACAGACCAAGAAAGAGCUCAAGUCUUUGGAAGAGAAGCUGGACCUACUUCUUGCCAAUAAAGCUAAGCUGGAUCAGAUGAAAUUAGUUGGGGAACAGCAACAAAAGCAGGUUGCUGAGAUCAAGAAGAUUGAUGGCUUGGAAGGACAUGAAGAGGUGUGCUUUAUCAACAACAAUGGAACUUGGUAUAGGAAAGAGCCCAACUUUCAAUACCAAAACAACUACCAGCAAAAGCCCCUCUACAACAACCAACAAGGUGGUUAUCAAACCAACCAGCCUACUCAAGCUAGAGGAAGCUCUUCUCAAGCUCAAGUUCCAAGUUCAACCACGGAAUCUAUGUUCAAACAAAUCCUAGAAGCUCAAGGGAAAUUUGCUAAGGACAUUAGAGAUGAGUUCAAGGCUGUUCAUGCUAAGAUUGAUGGAACUUAUUCUGACCUCAACAACAAGUACAUGCAACUUGCCUCUCACGUCAAAGCUUUAGAGAGCCAGGUUGCUUCUUUGCCUUCAACCUCCAAGCAGCCUAUGGGAACCCUACCAGGGAAAGCAGAGGCAAACCCAAGAGAACAUUGCAAUGUUCUCCUCUCUAGUGACACUUCUCAUGUCGCCAACUACAAGAGAGAGGUAGAUGAGAUUGAAAGAUUGGUGUUUGGAACUGAAAUUGAACAGGUUGAGCAUGUGGUUGUUGCAACAGCUGAGUCCAAGAUUGUGCAAGAAGCUGACAGGAUAGUUGCAGCAAAGGUUGAGCAGAGCAGAGAGCACAAGGCUGAGAAACCAGUUGAGAGAAGAUCUGAUCAGAGGCUGAAUGUGGUGAAGCAGGAAGACACUGAGGUUGAGCUAUCCCCCUAUGACAAGCUUCCUUUUCCAGAGAGAUUCCUCACCAAAGCUCAAAAGAAGGUGGUCUCCAAAUUCAGAAAAGACUUGAGUGAUAUUGGAGUAAGGCUUCCAGAGAUUCACAACAUGCAAGCUGCUCAUGUCCAGAUGAUGCUCAUCAAAGACAUUCUAGACCACCAAGCUGAAGUAGCAGAGCUCCUGGACAUCUCUACACUCAAGCUUGAUCCACCAAUCCCACCCAAGUCCCUCCCUAAACUAGGACACCAAGGGAUGUUCACUUUGCCUUGUUCCCUUGGAAAGCUUAACUUUGAUGAUGCUCUAGUGGAUUCUGGUGCAAGUGUGAAUGUGAUAUCACUUGAGGUGAUGAAGAGUCUAGGGAUUGAGCGCAUGCUACAAGACACAUCUACGCUCCAAUUUGGGGAUUCCUCUUCUACAACCCCAAUUGGUAUCAUCAAGGAUUUCCUUUUGCAGCUUGGAGCAUGCACCAUCCCUAUAGACCUCACUGUUUUGGAGAUGGCAACUGGGAAGAUAGUCCCAUUGAUCCUUGGCACUCCAUUCCUCACAACAGUGGGAGCUUGCAUAGACUUUGCCAACAACAAAGUCACACUCCUAAAUGUGAACAAAGCUGUCUCCUACCCUCUUCAAUCACCUAAGUUGAAACCUGAGUAUUGUGGCACAAUAACUUGUGGAGCAUCCUCCAUUGAGAAGACAAAGGCUGAGCUGAGUGGUAUUGAGAAAGAGGUUCUUGGUGAAGAGUCCCCUAAGGAGAAGUGUGAUGAGCACUUGGAAAGUGCUCAAAAGGAGGAGGUGAGUGAAGCCACAAAGGCCUCCCAUGGCAAGAAGAAGAUUGUGAAGGAAUCUCACCCUCCACCUCUUGAGAAGACUCCUCACACCCUCACUCUACAUCCAAUGAAGCUCAAGGAUGGAGCUAUUGAGUAUAAGAUCAAGUGCAAGGGGAGGUCUAAGCCAUUCUCAAGUGCAAGGGCCAUCAUCACUCCACAGUUCCAAGAUGAUCCACUCAAGCUUCAAGAGCUUCUCUCUCAAGUCCUCACCAUCACUCUGGAAGGUGGGAAGGUUCCUCCUUCUCACUAG